AUGCGGCAUGGGCGGGGCCGGAAGAGUGUAAAACGGGAAGCAGGAGAGGGUCCGGGUGAGGACGAAAAUAUCUGUGCUGUUACUGUUCCUGUCACCAUCACCGCCAUUUGCGAGCGCAUCGCAAUAACUCCACUAACACUCUACAAUGUGAUUUCCUUUGCUGCAUCCCUCCAUCAAAGACCCCCCGACAAUCAAUCUCUCUCUUCCAUCCAAACUCCUGGUACGAUUGCUGGUUACAAUUACCUCUCUGCAUCAAACCUUAUUGCACAAACGUAG